GUAUCGAUAGAGUGCCCCAAAUGCAAACGAAAACGGCUGGCAACCAGCAAGAAGUAAAACAAAACAAACAAAAAAUAUAUAUGCACACAAGCACAGUGUAGUAGAUCAGAUGGAUUACGUUUAUUGUGGCUCCGAUCAAAUCGGCGCCUCAGAGGAUAUAUUAAAUGUCUACGAUGGGGGACCAGCGCGCGGCACUGGACACUUUUCCCCAAGUUUCAAUGGCUUCAAUAUAGGCACCACCGAUGCUGACUAUGUGGAACUGGUCCCAGUUCUCGCCGAUGGUGGGGAGCACUUCGGCGUCUCCAGUGUGGUCUUCGAUGACUAUGAGGAGCUGCUGUGGAUGGGAAACCAGGGAGGCCAUGUCACCUCCUACUAUACGAGCUCCAUGCAAAAAUAUACAUCAUUCCAAGUGCACGCAAGCGACAUAGUCCGUCAAAUCGCAACCCUGGACUCGGGAGUGCUUGUGCUAACGCAGACCUCGCUGCGACACCAAAUUCGAAGAGGUCUUCCCAAGUUCACUCACAAAUCCAAUCAUAUGGCGGAAAUGGUGUGCAUGCUGCAACUAUCACCCAAUCGCUUGGUUAUGGCUGGACUCCAGGAGGAGCUGAUUGACUUUGACUUGCGUACGCUAAAGGAAACCCGAUUGGAACACGUAGGCGCCGCCGGCUGCACGGUGCUACGCAAGAACUCGCGAUACCUCUUUGCCGGUGAUCAGUUUGGGACGGUCACGCUGCGCGACUUGAACAGCUUGAGUGUGCAGCAUACAAUUAAAACUCAUACCAAUGUCCUCUCCGACUUUAGUGUGCAGGGCAACCUUCUUAUCUCGUGCGGCUAUAGCGGGCGGCAGAACAACUUGGCAAUAGAUCGCUUCCUCAUGGUCUACGACCUGCGUAUGCUGCGACUAAUUUCCCCCAUACAAGUUCUCAUUGAUCCCCAAAUGCUCAAGUUUCUCCCAUCUCUGACAUCCCGCUUGGCCGUCGUCUCCAGCUACGGCCAAAUUCAGUUGGUCGACACUGUCGAGCUAAGCGAGCCUCGAGUCUCAAUGUAUCAGAUCAACACAAAUGGCAGCCAGUGCCUCAGCUUCGACAUAAGCUCCUCUUCGCAGGCGAUGGCAUUCGGCGACCAGUCGGGCCACAUAAACAUGAUUGCGUCAGUGCAAACGCCUCAGCCGCAGUUCAAUCCCUUCUCGCGCAACACCGAGUUCGCAGAUGUGGUGCCGCAGCUGCCUGUAGUUUCGAUUACGGAUACGAACUUCCCGCUGUCAUCGAUCAUGCUGCCCCACCUGACGACAGGCACACAGUGGUUCUCCGAUUGGCCCGAGGAGCUGCUGCACUAUCGCUACCACAGACCCAAGACCAUUGAGCCCGAUGUACUGAGCAGCAUGAAAAUGCAAGGCCCUAUUGGGUACUCGCCGAAUCCACGCACAGCUCGACGGAAUCAGAUUCCGUAUGUAAUUGAACCAGGGGGAGCAGGCAGCACUAAUGGGAACGGAGCUACGGCGGUUACCAAGGCAGAGAACGGCGUCAAAAUCAUUCCAAGGCGAUAUCGUAAAGUUGAGCUCAAGUACACAAAGCUUGGCACUCAGGACUUCGACUUCGAUCAACACAAUCAGACGUGCUUCGCAGGAUUGGAGGCGACGCUGCCGAAUUCCUAUUGCAACUCCAUGCUGCAGAUCCUGUACUUUACAGAGCCGCUGCGCAUGAAACUCAUCGAACAUGUCUGCACAAAGGAGUUUUGCUUGUCCUGUGAGCUGGGCUUCCUAUUCAACAUGCUGGACAAGAGUAGCGCUUCUUCGCCUUGUCAAGCCAGCAAUUUUCUGCGUUCUUUUCGCACAGUGCCGGAGGCUUCCGCCUUGGGCUUGAUCCUCACGGACCGGUCGGCAAAUGUAAACCUAAUCACAUUGAUACAGAACUGGAACCGAUUUAUACUGCAUCAAAUGCAUUACGAAAUCUUCGAUUCCAGCAAGAACUCGUCUGUGGGAGGCGGCACUGUGCAUGCCCCGAAUAAUGCUGAGAGCUCAAGCACAGUCGACACAAGCGUCUCCACAGACCUAUACGACUCAAUUUGUGAUGACACCGCCAAGGAUGAUGAUAGGGAACGCAGCAAAAUAAACGCAGAAACGGACAUUAGCAAAAUAUUUGGCACUAAGCAGAUCUGCAUAAACCGCUGCAUCAAAUGUCACGUUGAGAAAUCGAAGGAGAACCUGCUGCUGGCCUGUAACAUGUCAUAUCCCACUCACAUCAAAGAUAGUGAGCAGUAUUUCAACUUUGGAACUAUUUUGAAGCGUUCUCUCAGCUCGGAAAAGAGCAUUCAGGCAUUCUGCGAGAACUGUAAAAAGUUUUCGCCAACUAAUCAGAGCGUAAAGGUGUCAUCUCUUCCGCAAAUGCUAGCCAUCAAUUGCGGCCUCAAUAACGAAAAGGACAUUGGCUUUCUGAAGCGCCAUCUCAAUCGCUGCAACGAAAAGCCGUCUGUGGAGGUAUCGGCUUCCCUCAGCACAAGCAAACCCUGUCGCUAUGGAGCCAACUGCUCGCGGAGCGACUGCCACUUCAUGCACCCGGAUCGAAAGUCUCCGUCGCAUACGAGCCAAUCAAACAACUCGAGCAGUUCGCCCAGCGGUCGCCAGAAAUCUUGGUUCCCGCUGACCUUUACCAUGACCAUCACCGACCAGGGCGAGCUCAUCGUGCAAACGCAAUCAGAUACAGAGAAAGCCGAACAGGAGGAGGAGGGGGAGAAACCAUCCAUAAAAAAAGGCGAAAUCAAUCGAAUGUAUGCAUUACACGCCGUCGUCUGCCAAGUCGAUGAUGGCACCCAAAAGAACCUUGUUUCCCUGAUAAAUGUGCAGCGGCAGUACCACACCAUGAAGCUGGCAGCUUCAGAGACCUCGGAGGAUUCGCAGCACCAGUGGUACAUCUUUAACGAUUUCAGCAUUUCACCUGUGUCGCCGCAAGAGUCGGUUUGGUUCACUUUGGAUUGGAAAGUGCCAUGCGUGCUCUUCUACAGAAGCAUUGAGGAGGAAUUGGAUUUGGCGAGCAGCCCAGACACAACAGAAGUACCCGAAGAGUCGCGUCCAUCCGACGAAGCAACCGAUUCACCUGUAUGCUUGUCCAAUCCGUUUCUACAAGACAUGGUGAGUCCCAUUUCAAGCAACCUGAGCACAGACGCAACUCUGAAGCCGCUGCAAUCCAACGAAAUGCCCCAGUCAGGAGACUUGGUCGCAAUGGAUGCAGAAUUCGUAACACUUAAUCCAGAGGAGAAUGAAAUUCGUCCGGAUGGUAAAACAGCGACCAUCAAGCCAUGCCAUAUGAGCGUGGCCCGCAUUUCAUGUAUUCGCGGACAAGGAGCGAGCGAAGGAGUACCAUUCAUGGACGACUACAUCUCGACACAAGAGAAGGUCGUGGAUUACCUAACACAAUUUUCUGGGAUCAAGCCCGGCGACUUGGAUGCGAACUUCAGCAAUAAGCGACUGACGGCCCUCAAGUAUUCAUAUCAAAAGUUGAAAUAUCUGGUUGAUGUUGGUGUCAUAUUUGUGGGACAUGGCCUCAAAAAUGAUUUCAGGGUCAUCAACAUCUAUGUGCCCUCCGAGCAAAUAAUCGACACGGUGCACCUGUUCCACAUGCCACACCAUCGAAUGGUAUCGCUGCGUUUUCUGGCCUGGCAUUUCUUGGGCACAAAGAUACAGUCGGAGACUCACGACUCCAUUGAGGAUGCACGGACCACUCUGCAGCUCUAUAAGCACUACUUGAAAUUGCAGGCGGACAAAAAGUUCACGAGUGCCCUCAAAACUCUGUACGAGCGUGGAAAGCAGCUGCAGUGGAAAGUGCCGGAGGAAUAGCUCGUUGGCGAGCUCGAGCCACUCAUUGUCAAUGCCAAUUCAACUUCAGUACAAACGCUAUACCGAUCUGAAAACAGCAGCUUUCCUUUAAAUUUAUGGUUUUUUCUCAAUUGGAAUUGAAUUUGUUUGUCUAUGCGCUUUGUAACUAAAACUAUGGAAAAGAAAGGAUUUUAAACGUAUAAAAUAA